CUUGGGGUCCGAGUCCGCUCAGGAUUGCGUCACCAGUCGCGAGUCAAGGUCUGCGCCUGCGCAGAACACAGCGAAGGCGGCUCCGCAUCUGUUCUUGGCGCGGCGGGGGCGAAGACAGGCCGGCCCCGGAAGGUCACGUGAGCGGGGGAGGGGUGCGUGGUCGUGUUCCGAUCCGUCUUGGGUCACUCGCCCGUGGUGGCAGCAGUCCGUGUGCUACGCGUAGUUCCGGGCGGUGUCCGCCACACGGAGAAGGGGAGGGUCUACGACGCCGACCGGCACCGGAAAGGAGCGGGCGGCCCGCGGGCGUCCUGGGACUGGCGGGUGGUGGACAAAGCGCUUCCACGUGCUGCAGGACGGGGUUGGCGAGGGGCGGGUGCUCGGCGGGCAUUCUUCCCGCAGGGUCGCCGCCUCGGUCGGCCCCGGACCAAGAGCGCCGAGACCCCACCUCAGACCUUACUUAAGCAUGCGGUUUAGUGUCCUGGGAGUCUGCAGCCAUGCACGUGGGCUGAGUGGUCGUUACGGAGCUUCCCAAAGACCGAGCCGCCCUUCGGUGGAAAGAAUUCAUGCUCUGUCUUCGAAUCCGUCAGCCCAAAAUCUUGCUGCUUCCACGCAUCCUUGUGCACUCUUAAUCAAAAUCCUGCUUGGAAGACUUGCCUUAAACUUCCAGUUCUCCGUUCAUCUGGCCCCUGGCUUCCCGCUGCGAGCCACCGCGAAAACUUUGCGAAAUCUUGUUCCUACUCACAGCGGCCAGCCUUGCGCUGGGCGGCGUCUUACCUACAGGGUGUGUCGGAGUCAACAAGGUACUCAGUAUUUGAAGAGUGAACGAGAGGCAUCUUUGCUCAGGCACACUCUGUUUGUAGUCCACGAUUCCAGGAAACUGAUUCCCUGUGAUUGGCUACGGCUGAGGAUCCAGGGUCUGUUGCUGCCCCUGUGUUCCUCCAGUAAAAAGAAAAGAAAAGGAGAUAAAGAAGACAUGCCUGUUCCUUUCUACCAAUGGAACAUGUACUCAGUGAGUGGGCAUGCCCCAUUGUUGACUGCAGACAUGUGGCUUAAGAGCUCCUCUACUUGGUCUUUUGUUUCCCACACUAGUUAUUAGGUCAUUCAGAUCACCAACAUGGUCUCUUCAGUUACAGUAUAGCCCCACUUUGUUCUUGCAAGCAAAGCAAAAGAACAGUAUGUGUCACCUUGAAUUGCUGACCCUGCCAGGAACCAAAGAUCUUUCCCAAUUAGGUUAUAGAAACAAGAUUUGAAAAAUUCGAGCAAUAGAGCCAACUAUGUAAUAACUUGACAGUCCUUCUGUUACAAACCCUUAUAAUGGUAGCUUAAUGGUACCCUUAUAAAUGGUAGCUUAAAUAUAGAAACUGUCGUUUGAAUUCAUGGCCAAGUUUGCAAGAAAUUUGGAAAAUCUUGGGUCCAGAAAUAAAGAGGGAGCUCAACAUGAAGCCUGUCAGUGAGGGAGCUGCAUCACCCUGGAAGGGGCUGUGGGUCUGGUCUUGAUAAUAGAGGCAGGCCUCUGGGUUUACACACCCACACACACACACACACACACACAGAAAAGAAGAACAGUGAGACCUUGCAUAAAGCUGAGACUCACAAAGAACCACACCCUCAAAGAAACAGUAGUUUAGAAGAAAAAAAAAAAAUCUAUCAGCACAAUCCAGUAGCUGUUGAGUUUACCCAGAGCUAGGAGUGUAAAAGGCUCCCCUGAAGGUUUAUAACUAUGGGCCUACCUCCGCACAUGUAGUUGUGGUUCAAGUUAUGCUGCCCCCGAGACCUGGGAAUCCGUUAGCUUGGAAAUUAACAGAAAGCCUGGUCUCUGGCCAGAAACAUCCCAGGAGCACCUGUAGAAGCAAAUGCAAAACUGCUCUGGAGGGACGGACAAGAGAGCAAGCUUCCUGAGCAAGUGGACGCCAGCAGUGUAACAGACAGCAGGUUGGACCCGUAAAACUUUAGUAGGACUCUCAGAUUCUACCAUAAAUACGUUCACAUUGUUUAAAUCAAAAGGAGGACUUAAAUAUGUUAGAAUAAGAUACAGGGCAAGCAGAUAUGAAAAAGGACUAAGUAAAACUUCUGAAAGUCAAAAUAUACUCGCUAAAAUCGAAAGCCAUGUUGAGGUAAGCAGUAGCUUCAGCAUGACUGAAGAAUUACUGGGCUAGAAACAGACCUGAGGAUAUGACCAAGAAUGUAAUGGAGACGUAGGAUGGGGCAUAUGAAAGAGAGGUUAAGAAGGAUGAAGGAAAGAAUAAUAAAGUCUAAUAUACUCCCAAUAGGACUUGAAGAAGGAAAAAAAAGACUGAGAGGCAAGAUUCAAAGAGAUUGGCUGAUAAUUUUCCAGAACUAAAUAAAGAAAUUCUCAGGUUUGGGAAGGACAGAUAAAAAUAAAUUCACAUGUAGACAGAUGUCUACAUUCACAAGAUAAUGAAACUGCAGAACGACAGAACCAAAGAGAUCUUAGAAUUACCCGGAGACAGACCAGAGAGAACUGAGUAAAAUUCUCUAAGAUCAUAAAAGGAAGCACGUGAUCUGUGCACAAGAUUCACGCGGAGGGCCUCCAGACCAAGGCAAGGAGACAGGUACCCAUAAAUUCAGCAGCAGAAAUGCUAAAGAGCAAGUAGCAGCCUUCUUUAUGGAAAUGAUAAAGGAUGAAUUACACACACACACACACACACACACACACAUACCCCGUUCAAGAAUUGAGAUUUUCCUUCCCCUCAAUUUUUCUAGUCUCUGGUCUUAUCCCAGGUGUGACAAUUUUGUUCCAACUUCAGUGGCCUAAGGGAGGCCCUGAUAGCUGGUAAAACAAUAUUUCUGUGUGUG